AUGACAUUUCGUAUUAGCUCAAUUUUGAAACAGUUUAUUCCGUUUCAAAAUUAUGCUAUAGAUACCGCAUACUGCAGAUCACUGUCUACAUUUUCGGUGCAUAUCGUCGAGCAAUUGUGUAAGAAUUUGGAAUCUGCUGUGAAUGCCGCAUAUUCUCCUACAGAUGAUAAAGUGUACAGUGUUUCACCGGCUGAAUCAGUUCCUACUCGCUCUGUAGGCAUCAUUCAGGACAAGUCAACAUAUCCGACCAAUUAUGCUAUUGGAAUAUUGGAAACAUUGAAUACUUUUUUUCAUUAUUGCCUUAUCGAUAAUACAUCUCAAACCGGUGCUGCUUUAGCAUUGGCCAAUGUUCAUCAACCUUCACAGGUCGUAACAAUCAGUAAUCCAUCACUGGCAUCAUCGGUAAUGAAUGCUAUACCUGGUACACGUGGUGCUACAGAGCUUAUCUCAAAUCUCGUUAAAGUUUUCUCCUUUAGCGAUAAUACUAAUGUGUCAUCGAAUGCUGCACUCAGAAAAUUUACUGAUCUCACGGCUGACGAUGUUUUGAAGCAAGCACGAUCUGAUGUACUUAACGCUUUUCCACAUGCUCUUGCGACACUUUGUGAUGUUUGGACACAGCUGCGAAAAGGAGAACCGAAUCUACCAAUUGGAAAUCCUGCGAUGAUCCGACAAUUAAUUCUUGAUUUGCUUUCACCAAUAGUGCAACAUCAUCAACAGUCAUUUUUGUCAUCACUUGCCUUAGUAUGGAUGACUCGAAGCUCAUUAACAUCACAAAAGCAGCCUACUACACGUAUUGAAUCUGAUCAGUCAUCAUUUGAUUAUUCAUCGGCACAACUCGAUAUUGCCGAUCUUUUGUCAAAUAUCAAAAUCCUCCCAUUUGAAAAUCUUAUUUCUACGGUUGCUGAAGCACUGAAGGAAAGCGCAUGGAAAAUCGCAAAAUCGGGUGCAGCUCUAGACAAGAACUGGUUGCAACAAAGUGCUUUCCCAACCGAGCUUGCGUUACUGGAAAUGCUUCAUGGUUGUGUUAGAGCUACACCAUCCACUGCUCUGUACAAUUGCUGGCCUUCAUUACAGGCACUGUUUAUGGAAUCACCAGUUAUGUCGCUACCACCGAAAGCUGUUUUCAUUCUAUUCAUUAUACUUGUGGAUUUCGUAAAACUUACCACAAGUUCAGCCGUCGUUGAAGAUAAACAAUUGUCACGAGCUGCGCAAGAUGCAUGUCAAAAACUUACGGAAGCUAUGAAUAUUAUAGUUGGUUGGCAGUUGGAACAAACUACCUGGUUGAAACGGACGUUGGUUGUCAAGCAUGACUCAUCCUCGCAAAAAUCACAAGAAACAUCGCCGGUGGUAGAAUUCGCUACAGCGCCGACGUCACUGGCUGCAUCGGAAAACAGUUCUUUACGUGGUUCCACGUCAUCUUUGGUACCACCAAGGAUUCCCACCUUCGAUACAGCCACACAGAUAUCCGUUUCAUCUCAGGGUGCUUCAAGCUCAGCAGCUGAUAGGCGGAGUAUAUCAAACAUGCGAUCAAGUUUGAAAGAUUCGAAUAACUUGAAACGCGAUCCGACUCACAGUACUCAAGCAUUAUUCUUGCUAGCUGAGCAUUUAGCCGAAUUGAUUGAUUCGAUAUGCAAGAGUGAAGAUAAGGAGAGAUUAUUGCCAUUACUUCAUGCUGUUUGGAGCAAUACGUUGCCAUAUUUAAAAGCCAAGAAUGCUCGAAAUGCUCGAUUCUUCCUUGCUAGUUCGCAAUUGUUAGCAUCGAUGAGUACUUUCAACUAUAUGCGACCUGUGUGGCGCAAAGCUACGUUAGAUCUUCUGCUUGAUCCAGCAUUCUUCAAAAUGGAUAUGCAAUCGUUGAAACAUUGGUUGAUUAUAACGGAUCAUUUGAUGACUCACGAUAAAACAUCCUUCAAAGAGCUGCUUGGAAGGAUUUCAACAGCUCAAAAUUCUGCACUUUCAAGUCUGAUAACAAGCAAAGAAGUUGAACACGAAAUGCGUGCCCAGGCAUUGAAACGUUUAGCAUUUAUAGUACUAAGCUCGGAACUCGGUCAAUAUCAAGCUCAGUUGCCUGAUAUACAAGAACGUUUAUCAGACAAUUUGCGUUUAUCACAAGUUCCAAUUGUUCAUGCCCAAGUGUUCCUAUGUUAUCGAGUUUUGCUUAUCAGGCAGAAACCACAACAUCUUGUUAGCAUGUGGCCUUCGAUGGUUACAGAACUGGUUCAUGUGUUAUUACAAAUUGAGCAACAGUUAUCAGGUACAGCAAAUGUUUCGGAUGAUCUAAAAUGUGAUCGAAAUGACCAAUGGAUGCAACUGUAUCUUGCAUCAUGUAAACUACUCGAAACAUUAUGUACACUUCCUGCUGGUUAUUUGGCACAAUUUCAGAUGUGCCAUUGGGCAUUUGUAAAUUCAGUGGCAGCAAGUAAUAUCGAUUCAUUCGUGCCAUUUGCAAGUCGCAUCGAUCGUUUACUUCGUAAUAAAUAUGGUCAGCUGUCGGCUCAUGGUCGAAAGUUUAUGUCCGCAUCAUUGGUUAAUGUUAAAACGCUUACGAGCUUUAGUGAAUUGCGCCCAUUCUUCUUGGCACUUGCGACACAGAAUGAAAUGCGUGCUUUGACAAUGCAAUUUUCCUUUGAUAAGGAGGAUCAGCUGCGAGACGCUCAUUUUCUCAGUGGUUCAUUAUGUUAUAAAGCUGCAAUUAAUCGUUUGGAACACGCACUAUACGUUGAUUUUGCAGAGCAUUGGCAGUUGUAACUGCAUAUUAACUUUAGAAAUAUUGCAUCGAUUCUAACACCUAUGAGGUUGCAUAGCGAGUAACACGAGCUAUUAUUUUGUAAUUUUCCUCAGUUUUAGGAAAUUUCAUCAUUUAGUUUGCUUGAAUUCCAA